AUGGUUCAACAUAGGGGGACUACCAAUGAAGGUGAACCCGAUUUCGCGGAGUAUGCAUCAUAUUAUCUCGCCUGGUAUGAUAGCAGUUACGGUGGUGGCAGCCCCUACGGAGAGCCACUUCCAUCUUCUCCAGAGGGAUUGGCUGACAUGGACCGAGAAGUUGAUUUUACAGGCAGGCUUUGGAACGAUAAUCGACUCACUGAGCAGGCUUAUGAAGAAAUAGAGCAGCCUUACAACAUCAGUGAUAAUUGGCUAGAGUCCUACUUUGAUGGCGGUUGGGGAGAGGAUAUGUUCUCUUGUGGGUAUGGUGCUUUCGACAAUGAACAUGGUCCUUAUGGGAGUGCCUUAGAGAAUGCAGAGGAUCCCUACCAAGGUGAAGAACAGUUUGAUGGUUACUACAGUUACGACGAUGACACGGAAAUGCAGACUUCCUAUGAUUAUAAUCCUUGGUUUGGCUAUUGUUUGGAGUUCGGAUAUGGAGUCGACGAAGAUUAUUGUGGAAAUGAUGUGAAAGAGCUUGAAGUUGCACAAAAUUUCGGCUUCGAUGAAAUGAGACUUUGUGAGAGGAUCUUUGGUCACUGGCCUAGUCUGUCAAGCCGAGACCUGGAAAGCUAUGCUUAACAAAGAACCUUCUCGAGG